AGGAAUUUUAUAUAGUAACAAAUAACAAUAGAGUGUGUCAAGUCAAAACUUCAAUAGUUAUGGUGUUACAAAUAAAUAAAAAUUUCAAACUUUCUGGUUUCUAAAAUUAUAGUUAUAAAUAAAUAAAAAUACAAAUAAAUGACAAAAUAGUUUAUCAAACGCCUCUUUGGCAGUUGAAUCACUUCCUUAUUUCCGCCAUUAUUGCGUUCUUAGUAGCAGUUACCCGGUCCCUACUUCAUUUCCAUUAGGUUGGUCAAUGGUAAGUUCCUUUAGCUCUUUGUUUUCAUCGAACUACCCAUAUUUACCCAAUCAAGGCGCACUGCUAAAAUAUGAAUUCUUGACGAGUAACAACUGGAUAAUGAACCAAAAAUGUUGAAAAGAAGGGGAAAUUCUGCAACUUUCAUCCCUUCAAAACAAUGGAAACAAAUGAGAAGCUGCAUGACUUUGUGGUUGGCUCUGUGCCCACAGUGAUUUACAUUCCUGAUUUCAUCAAUGAUACUGAGCAAACCCAGAUAUUGAAUCAUGUCUAUCAAGCACCUGUUUCUAAGUGGAAAACACUCAAGCAUCGGAGGUUGCAGAAUUGGGGGGGUGUAGUCCAUGAGAAGGGUCUUAUUGCGCAAAAUCUGCCUCCUUGGCUAACCAGAGUAACGCAAAGGUUAUACGAAGAGCUUGGGAUAUUUCCUGCUGCACCCAAUCAUGUCCUCAUCAAUGAAUACCUUCCUGAUCAAGGCAUAAUGCCUCACCAAGAUGGACCAGCUUAUUUUCCGGCUGCAGCUAUCUUAUCUCUUGAGUCUCCUGUGGUAAUGAACUUCACUCCUCAUGUGAAAAUGUUUGAAAACAACGGCACAACAGAAUCUGAAGUUGGUUCUCAAAACACAGAACGAGAUGCAUUAGUACAAUCAGACAGACCCAGUAGCUUUUCUCUCCUGUUAAUGCCUCGGAGUCUGCUGAUUUUUAAGGACCUUGCAUACUCAAAUUAUUUACAUGGCAUAGAUGAUAAAGCAGAGCAGCCUUUCAAUGGGGCUGUGAAUCUUAACAAGGGUAUCAAGGAUUCUGGAUUUGAUGGAAUGUUGCAAAGCCCUACUUCUGCACAAUCAGCAACCGUAGAUACUAAAAUUCUACAUCGAACAACAAAGAGGGUUUCAUUGACAUGCCGGUUAGUGUUGAAGGUUCGAAAAAAUUUGAUCAAGAUAUAGGUGCUGCCUGCAACUUGCCAAAAACUUGAUUAUUAUGACAAUAUGGUAUUCCUCUAAGUAUUACAAAAUUUCCAUUUGGUAUGUUCUUGAACGUGCCCUUUAUCAUUAAUCUUUUAGAAGUAUAAACUUGAUAUCACGAUAUAAUUGGACCCAAACCAUAACUUAGAGGGGGCAAAUUUCCUAUAGUUCAUGGAUACGGGGUCAAUCGAGUUAUAUUUGGUCAAGUAUGCAAUAGAAUGUGUGUAUUUGGUGAAAGCAUGUAGGUUAACGCAAGUGACGCAUGUUUUUAACUUAGGGUUUGUUUAUACAUUAUGAAUGACAUCAGUCUCUAUGGAUUGGGAAUUAUGGACGAAUAUAUGGUAUAGUGAAGAAUUAGAAUUUUUCUCUUACACUCAAUUCACUCAAAAUGUCCCUUGUUUUGAUGGGGCCAAUGAGUUUUAGUUCUUUGGUUUUCGAUUAUAACAGAAUAUAAUAUAAUGGUUAAUCAAA